AUGGCUCCCGCUGUCGGUAUUGACUUGGGUACCACCUACUCCUGUGUCGGCAUCUUCAGAGAUGACCGCAUCGAAAUCAUUGCCAACGACCAGGGUAACCGCACCACCCCCUCCUUCGUGGCUUUCACCGACACCGAGCGUUUGAUCGGUGAUGCCGCCAAGAACCAGGUCGCCAUGAACCCCCACAACACCGUCUUCGACGCCAAGCGUUUGAUCGGUCGUCGUUUCCAGGACGCUGAGGUCCAGGCCGACAUGAAGCACUGGCCCUUCAAGGUUGUCGACAAGGGCAGCAAGCCCAUCAUCGAGAUUGAGUUCAAGGGCGAGACCAAGCAGUUCACCCCUGAGGAGAUCUCCUCCAUGGUCCUCACCAAGAUGCGUGAGACCGCUGAGGCCUACCUGGGCGGCACCGUCAACAACGCCGUCAUCACUGUCCCCGCCUACUUCAACGACUCCCAGCGUCAGGCUACUAAGGAUGCCGGUCUCAUCGCCGGUCUCAACGUCCUCCGUAUCAUCAACGAGCCCACCGCUGCCGCCAUUGCCUACGGUCUGGACAAGAAGACCGAGGGUGAGCGCAACGUCCUCAUCUUCGAUCUCGGUGGUGGUACCUUCGAUGUCUCCCUCCUGACCAUUGAGGAGGGUAUCUUCGAGGUCAAGGCCACCGCUGGUGACACUCACCUGGGUGGUGAGGACUUUGACAACCGCCUCGUCAACCACUUCGUCAACGAGUUCAAGAGAAAGCACCGCAAGGAUCUCACCACCAACGCUCGUGCUCUUCGUCGUCUCCGCACUGCUUGCGAGCGUGCCAAGCGCACCCUCUCGUCGGCUGCCCAGACCUCCAUUGAGAUCGACUCUCUCUUCGAGGGUAUCGACUUCUACACCUCCAUCACCCGUGCCCGUUUCGAGGAGCUGUGCCAGGACCUCUUCCGUGGCACCAUGGAGCCCGUCGAGCGUGUCCUCCGUGACGCCAAGAUCGACAAGGCCUCCGUCCACGAGAUCGUCCUGGUCGGUGGUUCCACCCGUAUCCCCAAGAUCCAGCGCCUCGUCGCCGACUUCUUCAACAAGGAGCCCAACAAGUCCAUCAACCCCGAUGAGGCUGUUGCCUACGGUGCCGCCGUCCAGGCCGCCAUCCUGUCUGGUGAUACCUCCUCCAAGUCCACCAACGAGAUCCUUCUUCUCGAUGUUGCUCCCCUCUCUCUCGGUAUCGAGACUGCUGGUGGUGUCAUGACUGCUCUCAUCAAGCGCAACACCACCAUCCCCACCAAGAAGUCCGAGACCUUCUCCACCUACUCUGACAACCAGCCUGGUGUGCUUAUCCAGGUCUACGAGGGUGAACGUGCUCGCACCAAGGACAACAACCUGCUCGGCAAGUUCGAGCUUACCGGUAUCCCCCCGGCCCCCCGUGGUGUUCCCCAGAUUGAGGUCACCUUUGACCUGGAUGCCAACGGUAUCAUGAACGUCUCUGCCAUCGAGAAGGGCACUGGCAAGAGCAACAAGAUCACCAUCACCAACGACAAGGGCCGUCUCUCCAAGGAGGACAUCGAGCGCAUGCUCUCUGAGGCCGAGAAGUACAAGGCUGAGGAUGAGGCCGAGGCUGGCCGUAUCCAGGCCAAGAACGGUCUCGAGUCCUACGCUUACUCGCUCAAGAACACCCUCAGCGAGGGCAAGCUCACCAUCGCCGAUGGCGACAAGGAGAAGCUCCAGAGCAAGAUUGACGAGAUCAUCUCCUGGCUCGACAACAACCAGACCGCCACCAAGGAGGAGUACGAGGAGCAGCAGAAGGAGCUUGAGGGUAUUGCCAACCCCAUCAUCUCUGCCGCCUACGGUGCUGCCGGCGGUGCCCCUGGUGGUCCCGCCCCUGGCGCUACUCGUACCGCCGACGAGGUUGAGGAGCGCCCUGAGGAGCUUGACUAA